AUGGAUUCGGCAAUCGCGAAACAGCUGGUGGAUAAGAUGUACGAGAAGAGGAAGGCGGCUGCGUUGGACCUGGAGAAGCAGAUUCGAGACUGUCACCGGGAAGGUGACCAUCGGAGGAUAGGUCAAAUCAUAGACCAGCUGGUCGAAAUGUUCAACAAGCCUAGCAAUCCUCUGCAUGUCCGAAACGGGGGGCUCAUCGGUCUUGCUGCCACGGCUAUCGCCCUUGGGGUGGACGUCGCUCCAUAUAUGGAGAAGUUUAUCGACUCGCUCCUUAUAUGCUUCACAGACCCCGAGAACAGAGUCCGGUAUUUCUCUGCGGAAUGUCUAUACAACAUCGCCAAGGUGUCCAAAGGAGAAAUCUUGGUAUAUUUCAACCCGAUCUUCGACGCGUUGAGUAAGCUUGCGGCAGACUCAGAGCUCUCCGUCAAGAAUGGGGCCGAGCUGCUAGACAGGUUACUGAAGGACAUUGUGGCCGAAUCCGCCUCGGCAUAUAUUCCUCAGUAUCCCGAGACAGAGAAGAUCAGAGAGAAAGCGGACGAACUUUAUGGGCAAGGCAUUGUAGUGCCUCAUCCGGAUGACGUCGCGAAUGGCGAAGACAUGCGAGAAGCCAGAAAAGCUUUCUCCCUCGCGCACUUCAUACCCUUGCUCUCCGAGCGUAUAUACGUUGUCAGCCCCUUUACCCGCAGCUUCUUGGUUUCCUGGAUAACCGUUCUUGACUCUGUUCCUGAAUUGGAACUCAUCACAUACCUUCCAGAAUUCUUCGAUGGCCUACUAAAGUACCUCUCGGACCCCAUCGAGGACGUGAAGAUCGCUACUGAGAAUAUAUUGGCCGACUUUCUGAAGGAGAUCCGCGAUGUCACGUUGACGCAGAAACGGAUGGAAAGGAACAAAUCUCGGCAUACGACGUCGUCUACUAUUCCCUCUGUUCGGCCUAUUGCAAAUGACGAAACCUCCCGGUUAGAUCGAGGACCAUUCGUUGCAGAAGGCUACGAGCAUGAGGCGGAGUACGACAAGAACUCGUUGCUGAAGGAUGAACCCGAAGCAAUAGAUGAUAUUGGUGCUUGGGAACGCGGUCAAGGUGUGAGAAUCGAUUAUGAUGCUCUUACAGAAAUCUUGAUGGAGCAGCUGGACGGGCAACACGACGAGAUCCAGGAGUCGACGGCACUUCAAUGGCUUGCGGAGUUUCUAUCAGUCGCACCUGAAGUCUUGAUACCAUUCACCCCUCGGUUACUGCAUGCCAUCCUUCCGAACCUCGCACAUCAUCACGAUAUGAUACGGAAUGCGGCCAUACGUACUAACAGACUGUUGACCGCGGUCAUUCAGGCGCUUCCCGCGCCGCCAACAGCCGAGAAGUCUGGUACACCCUCCGUACGAACAUCCGCCACAUCUCCUGCCCCGAGCGUUCCAGGGUCUACUACCCGUCAGACAUUCAGCAAGGAUGCGAUUUCAUUGCCGCACGAAAAGAGCAUGGAAUCAUUGUCCGACGCCGGCCCUACACCUACGCAGUCGACCAUCACUGCGGCUGCGAAAGUCAACAGCGUGGCACAGUCCGAUCUUACCAACCCAGCGGCUCAAGAUGUACCAAUGCAACCCUCAUUACCUCCCCAAACCGGAGUUUUACAGCCGGCACCUCCCUCGGAGGAGCCUGAUCCAUUCGAUUAUCAGACCACCGUGAAUGCACUCACUCUCCAAUUUCUGAGCGAGCAUGAAGAAACGAGGGUCGCGGCACUGAAAUGGCUGAUUAUGCUACAUCAGAAAGCUCCCAAGAAGAUAUUAGCAAUGGAUGAUGGAACAUUCCCUGCAUUGCUUAAGACGCUUUCUGACUCGUCUGAAGAGGUCAUCAAACAAGACCUUCAACUGAUUGCUCAGAUAUCUUCGACCUCUGAGGAGGGUUAUUUCAAGGCGUUCAUGAUCAAUCUGCUUGGACUAUUCAGCACCGACAGAAAGCUUCUCGAGACCCGAGGGAGUCUGAUCAUAAGACAGCUUUGCCUGAAUCUCAAUACAGAGCGGAUUUACCGCACAUUCGCUGAAAUCCUCGACAAAGAAGAGGAUUUGGAAUUUGCCAGCGGAAUAGUGCAGAAGCUGAACUUGAUUCUGAUCACAUCACCUGAACUAGCGGACUUCCGCCGGAGGUUGAAGAAUCUAGAGACACGUCCGGACGGUCAGGCGUUGUUCACUACGCUAUAUAGGUCAUGGUGUCACAAUGCAGUCGCGACGUUCUCGCUCUGUCUGUUAGCGCAGGCGUACGAGCAUGCAUCAAACUUGCUCUACAUAUUUGCGGAAUUGGACAUGACGGUGUCUUUACUGGUGCAAGUUGACAAGUUGGUUCAGCUCAUUGAAUCGCCGGUCUUCACAUACCUACGUUUACAGCUACUUGAGCCUGACAGAUAUCCCUUCCUCUUCAAGUGCCUAUACGGCCUUUUGAUGCUGUUGCCACAAAGUUCUGCUUUCUUGUCGUUACGCAAUCGGUUGCAUGCGGUCAACUCCGCUGGCUUCCUGCAUAUAUCACCAAAGACGCCAGGGGCAUCGAUCUCCAGCACGAGAUCCAAAAUCGGACGCGAAGAAAUAAAAUGGCAGGAGCUCCUAUCUCACUUCCGGUCCGUGCAGUUCAAACACGAGAAAGCGAGAAGGCAGGCGUCCGGCUCAGAAGUCACGUUCACGGAUUUCAUGGACAUCGAGCGGCCCAGCAAUACACCAGCACCAGCGAACGCUACGUCAUCUGCAGGGGCGCGUAACCCCUUGCGACGGCAGGGUACAGGAGCUCAGAAUCAGGCGCCGUCUCGAGCUGGCGCACUUUCACCCUUGAAUCCGCACAAAAGGACGACCGGGCAAAUCGCUGUGAUGGCGGCGUCGCGCUUUGGUCGUGCCGCGCCUAACCGGUCACCGAGUCCUGCAUCUUCAGAGGGCAAAACAAAGCCAGAGCGGUCAUUCAGUUUGUCCCGGAAAACAUAACAUUAGCCUCAAUUCGACCGAUGUUAGUCUAGGGCUACUAAUUUAUUGAUAUACGCCUUGGAUGUAUCUACGACAGCAAUGAUUAUAUCUCGGAUAAUGGUAAUCACGAGGUUGCCUCUACUGAAUCGGGAACUGUUGCAAGGUGACGACGGAUCUGAGAUAUGUCUCCCUCAGUCAGCCCUAAAUAAGCGCGACAAUAUCCCUCAGCAUCGCCAUAACGUCCCUUUAGCAACAUAAGGAAAGCGAGCAUUGUCUCAUGUCUGCAGGUAAACAUGUUUAGUGCUGCCUGAUUGUUACUGGAAAACAGGGGCUCCUUCGUGAGACGUGCCAUAAUCUUUGCCCGGCAUGGUUCUCGCCCUAUGCGUGUCAAUGCAUAAUCAAGGGCGAUGGUGUCAUCGUCUACUUCCGCCAAUCGUAGGAUGAGGGCGGCGAGGAUUCCAGUUCUGUCUUUUCCGGCUGUACAGUGGAAAAGGAACGGUUCGUCUGGUCUAUCCCUGACAUGCCGCAUUAUUGUGCCAAAGCAGGGACCC